AGACCUUUAGAUACGAGAACGAGAACGAGAACGAGUACGAGUUUUGGCCGCGCGAGGAUUGGCACUAUGUUUCUCGUACUCGUCAUCGUUCUCGCGUGAUUGCAACUUUAGAUUGUAAACACCGACUUUUUCAUUCGUAUUUUGGCAUUUCCUUCUUCAAUUAGCUAUGUUUUCCAAAAAAAAGUAUUCUUUCUACCGCAAUAAUGUUAUAUGAUGAUGAUACUCUGGACGAAGAAGAUGUUUUGAUGAUGUUCCAAGAGUUGACACGAAAAAACACUACUUAUCCCUACUGGAAAUACGACAGGAUUGAACAUCAACUCAAUGACAUUUCUACAGGAGAGUUUAAAACAGAAUUUCGUUUUAACCUGUCAGAAAUAGACCUACUACAAGAUGCUCUACAAAUUCCUGAAAGAUUUAUAUGUGACAACGGCACUGUAGCGUCUGGUACAGAGGGGCUUUUGUUGUUGUUAAAGCGGUUCGCUUAUCCUUGUCGUCUAAGUGACAUGAUUCCGCGAUUUGGACGUUCAGUUCCGGAGAUGAGUCUAAUUCUCGCUGAAGUAACUGACCACAUCUCUUCAAACUUCAGUCAUCUCCUCACUGACCUAAAUCAGCCUUGGCUACAGCGAGGAAAACUUGAACGUUACGCUCAAGCCAUCCACGAUAAAGGUGGUGCUCUGGACAACUGUUGGGGUUUUGUGGAUGGCACUGUCCGUCCAAUCAGUCGACCUGGGGAAAAUCAAAGGGUGAUGUAUAAUGGGCUGAAAAGGGUGCAUGGAAUUAAGUUUCAGUCGAUAGCUACCCCAGAUGGCAUGAUAGCCAAUCUUUUCGGACCAGUUGAAGGAAGAAGGCAUGAUGCAUCCAUGCUUCGAAUGUCGGGGGUUCUGGAGCAGCUGCCAAUAUAUUCCUUGAGUACUGCAGGGGCCCCAUUAUGCAUAUAUGGGGAUCCUGCAUACCCAUUAAGAGUGCAUUUGAUGGCUCCCUACAGAUCUGCUAACAUAACACCAAAUCAAGAUGCCUUCAACAAAUCAAUGAGCUCAGUGCGAGUUGCAGUGGAGUGGGUAUUUGGAGACAUCAUAAAUUUUUUUACUUUCCUUGAUUUUAAGCGAAAUCUUAAAAUAGGUCUUAGUCCCAUAGGCAAAAUGUACUCAGUUUGUGCACUGUUAAGAAAUGCAUACACGUGUCUUUAUGGCUCAAAUACAAGUACUUUUUUUGAUUUAACUUCCCCGACAAUWCAUGAAUAUUUUCAAUUUUGAAAUACUUUAUAUUUUAUACAGUGUAAGCACCCACAUGAUUAAGAGCCACUAGGCUGAAAAUUUGCAAUUAAUUAAAGCAUCCACAACCACAUGAACCUGAUAAAUAAAGAUUAGUUGAUUCUUGCAAAUAAGAAUUUCAUUUUUAGAACC